GGAAGUGAAGCACAGCUCCAUCUUGUGAGUCUGGCUGGUAAAACCGUCUGAGUAACGAGGAAAUUGUUAGAAAUCAUUGUACACACAUCCUUCCGCCAAUAGAGCGGAUGGCUAUUAGGAUGAAGAUCAUGGCCUCCGGCGAGUGAAACAAUAUGUCCCCCUCGGUUUGAAACCAACGGUCAACGUGACACCGCUCAGCCAAGCCAGCCGGAUGCAGAGUAAAAAUCCGGUAGGAAGUGGACCACCGCAAGGAAAGCGUGUUGUUGCACGCAGCAGUGAAAAUGCUUGCUGGCGGUAGAUAUAUUUGAGGGGACAUUUUGUUGGGGAAAGGUCUCGGCACAGAGUAACGGGUCUUCCCGGAGAACAGAAUGCUUCUGUGGCUAGCAAGGCACUUGAUUGGUUUGCUGUUAGCUAAAUUUAGCAUCUCCAACUCCUGAACCGGACUAUUUUCUUCCCAUUGAAACCUCAUUUUUAAAGACAAAACCGGGCAAUGGAUUUUCCCGGCCACUUUGAGCAGAUCUUCCAGCAGCUCAACUAUCAGCGCAUUCAUGGCCAGCUGUGUGAUUGUGUCAUUGUGGUGGGCAGCCGACACUUUAAGGCUCAUCGCUCGGUGCUGGCGGCCUGCAGCACCCACUUCAGAGCACUCUUCACGGUUGCGGAGGGAGACGCCAGCAUGAACAUGAUCCAGCUGGACAGCGAGGUGGUGACAGCAGAAGCAUUCGCUGCUCUGGUGGACAUGAUGUACACAUCGACACUAAUGCUGGGAGAGAGCAAUGUCAUGGAUAUUCUUCUUGCUGCUUCGCACUUGCACCUGAACAAUGUGGUGAAGGCCUGCAAACACUACCUGACCACACGGACGCUGCCCCUGUCCCCCUCGUCAGACAGGCCCUCCCAUCACCACCCUCAACAGGAGCAGCAGAGACACCGGCAGCAGCAGCAGGUGGGGGAUUUGGGGGCUAACGCUAAUCUCACAGCUUCAUCUGCGAAUUCCAAGCUGCAGCGCUCCUUCCUGCUGCAGCAGCUUGGACUCAGCCUGGUGAGCUCUGCUCUGGGAGGCAUGGAGGAAGAUGGCGUGGGCAGCAGAGUGGUUGAUCAGAGAGCCUCCUUCCCUACACGGCGCUUCCACAAACGCAAACCUCCUCUAGGGAUGGGGCUUUCAGAGGAAAGACCCAGACAGAGGCAGCGGCCCUCGGCCCCCAACCGGGGUCUGUUGGUAGAGAGUGGGGUUAACGCAGAGAGAGAGGACGGAGUGCUUCUGUCACCUGACUCCCACAAGAUGGGGGUUGAAUCCAAGUUAGACGAUGCGAUCACAGGGAUAGUGUCAACGCCUCAGGAUGACCCCCAGAUGCCAAGUCAGUCAGACAGCGGGCACUGUGAGGAAGAGAGGAUGCAGGGAAGAGUGGGCAAGGAGGAGGACAUCAGUGAUCAUGACCAUCAGGAUGAUGAAAGAGUUGGGAUGAAGAUAAAAUCAGGAACAGGGGAUGAAGAGGCUGAAGAAGAUGAGCAGAAGGUGGUUGUCAAGCGUGAGCCGCUAAGUUCGCCUGAGCCAGCAGAUGAAAACAGUGACGUGACAUCACAGGCAGAAUGCAGCGACCCAACUGAGCCUGGAUGCCGGGAGGAAGAGGAAAAGGUGGAGCUGAGCCCAGAGAGCAGCGACCGCAGCUUUACCUCUGACCCCCAGGCCAGUUCCGAGCCUCUCCUGCAGUCCAGCUCGCAGCUGCUGCUCAAGAGCAGCAUGGCUGGAGGAGCCGGCGUCUCUGCAGGUUACGGCUCCAGCACCGCUCUGAAAAACAAACCCGGUUUUAGCAUCCCUAGCUUCCUUGGACCAAAGGAUUUCAGGAGUGGCAGGUCGGGGUUGGUGGCUGGAGAAGAUGGCCUUCCCAACACAACGACUGGAGGUGCACAUCAUUUCCUUCUGAGACAGGAAACUGCCACACCUUCAGGCUCUGCCUCAUCCUCUGCUCUGCAGUCUGGAACAUCGGGCGCUGAGAGCAGAAACAGUUUUGGAGAUAACCUGCAGCCGGACUCUCUGUUCCUCCGACCACUGCAUGACAGUUUAGGAAACAGUAGAGCCAGUGGAGGGGGAGCCGGCGGGAGUCGGGGAGGUGUAGACCCCUUUGCCUUGGACUUCCAGCGGUCCAGUCUGGGCUUUCACUCACUGGGCCGACUCUCAACUGGAGCAGGAGGAGCAACAGCAAACAGUCUGGGUUAUCCAAGUUACAGGCGCAUCGCUCCAAAAAUGACUCCAGGGAUGGACGGAGAAGAAGCUGUAGCAGGGAUUCUUCAGGAUGCCUCUUCCUCCUCCUCCAGCCUGGCUGGUCCUCUGCUUCUUAAUGAAAGCGGCGGGUAUGAGAUGAACAGCGGACGGCCCACCUCCCUUCCACCACACCUCACACGGGCGUCAGCCGACGUCCUGUCGAAAUGCAAGAAGGCGCUGUCGGAGCACAACGUCCUGGUGGUGGAAGGGGCUCGGAAAUAUGCUUGCAAGAUCUGCUGCAAAACUUUUCUCACCCUGACUGACUGCAAGAAACACAUCCGAGUCCACACAGGAGAGAAGCCCUACGCGUGUCUGAAAUGUGGGAAACGUUUCAGCCAAUCCUCGCACUUGUACAAGCAUUCCAAGACCACAUGUCUGCGCUGGCAGAACAGUAACAUGUCCAGUGCGCUGCUGUAGAACGACUUCAGGGGGGAGAAACAAGGUGUUGAAAUCAGCAACGGGCUCAGUUUUAACUCUUAUAGUCUCACUUAUGUUUUUGUCAGAAUUGUUGGAUCAUCUGCCUUUUUUU